AUGAAUCAAAUUAAUUCUCCCCAAUCAAUAAAAGACUGCCUCAUUUUCACCGUACAGUGGGCUAUAAAAGGCAACCGUGAUGCAGAACAGAAACACAACACAAUAGUAUACAUCAACUGUGACAGCAUCUCAGUAAUACAAUUUGUCAAAAACUGUGACAACAUCUCGGUGAUCAGCAUGGAGGCCAAGCUCGUAGUGAUCCUUGCGGCCUGCAUCUUGCUUUCCUUCAGCAACAAAGGCGAUGCCCAGCCGUGCACACCGUCGGAUCUCCUCGUCAACCAAACCACCAUGCCGGGGGAGGUCGGAGGGCGCCCGCACUACCUGGUGACGGUGGAGAACAGGUGCGUCUGCACGCAGCUCGGCGUGAAGCUGGCGUGCGCGGGGCUCAACUCCACCGUCACCGUCGAGCCCGCCGGCGUGGGGCGCCCGGGCGCGCUCUGCACCCUCAACGGCGGCCAGCCGAUGCAUGCAAACGAGACGGUCUUGUUUGCGUACGCGUCGAGCGCGAAGAUCAGCUUCAGGCCCGUCUCGUCCUACGUCGACUGCUCCGUAGCCCCCUCGCCGGCUCCGCAGGCUGCACCAUGA